AUGACAUACCUCCCCCUCCCACUCUUCCUCUCCCUCCCAGCUUUCUCCACCGCAUCUUCAAAUUCCCUCCUCUUCCAAGUCCCUGCGCAAAACGGCCAAAAGACUUCGCUUGCAGACUGGAAUUCCGGGCCGCUGUGGGCGAGGAGAGAGACGGUUUUUGCUACUUGGAGGAGAGCCGAGUUGACGGUGGGGGGUUGUUGGGUUGUGGUGGAUGAAGCGGUGGAUGAAGUGGAUGAGGUUGUGGUAAAUGAAGAGGAGGAUGGGGAAGAGGGGGAAGAGGAGGAGGAGGGAGAAUGGUGGUGGUGGUUGAGGCAGGAGGGGAGGUUGUGGUGA